GUGGUGCGGUUUGCUGCUGCUGCCGUUUUGCGUGAUAAAACCGUGCGCGUUCACAAGUUUUGUGGCACGAAACUCCAUCACGCUUAUCGCCGUGCUACUUCCACCGUAGAUCACAGCAGCAGCCGCUGUCACACCGUACGACGGAUCGUUAGAUUAUUCAGCCGGUUCAGCAUCAUGGGAAACGUGUUGGCCUCCUCGAAGCCGAUCGCUGGUCCCGGCGGGCUGCCUCCACCGAUGCCGACAGAAGCGCUCCCCACCCCAAGCGAUGGCAUCAAACCGACGGAGCGGACGGCGGACGAAUCCAAAGCUCUGCCCAAUCCGGGUACCAUGGAAGAUCUGCACAAAAAAUGCAAGGAUGUAAUGCCGGUGAACUUUGAGGGCGCCAAGCUGAUCAUCAACAAGGGCCUGAGCAACCACUUUCAGGUUUCGCAUACCAUAAAUCUGAAUUCCUCGAAUACCAGCGGCUACCGUUUUGGCGCGAUGUACGUCGGAACGAAUCAGCUCUCCCCAACCGAAGCAUUCCCGGUGGUACUGGGCGACAUUGACCCGACCGGUAACCUGAACGCUAACAUCAUCCACCAGGUGACGCCGCAGGUCCGGUGCAAAUUUGCUUCACAGAUACAAAGCAGUAAAGUGACGGCCGCACAAUUGACGACAGAUUUUAAGGGAUCCAACUACACGACCUCCCUAACGGUAGGCAAUCCCAAUCUUAUUAAUAACUCCGGUGUUGUGGUGGCACACUACCUGCAAGCCGUAACGAACCAGCUAUCGAUGGGUGGUGAGUUUGCGUACCAGUACGGCCCAGCCGUUCCUGGUGGCCAGAUUGCCCUAAUGUCGGCCGCCGCAAGAUACGCCACCGAUCUGUUCACGUGGUCGGGCACGGUCGGUGCGGCCGGCGUGCACCUCUGCUACUACCAGCGUGCAAGCGAGCAGCUUCAGAUUGGUGCGGAAGUUGAGACGAGCUUCCGGAUGCAAGAAGCCGUCGCCACCAUCGGCUACCAAGUUGACCUGCCAAAGUCGGAUCUAGUGUUCCGCGGAAUGGUGGACAGCAACUGGACGGUAGGGGCCGUGCUGGAGAAGAAACUGCAGCCACUGCCGUUCACGUUUGCCCUCAGUGGCAUUCUGAACCACACCAAAAACCAGUUCCGGCUCGGAUGUGGACUGAUCGUUGGUUAGAUCGCGUCACCCAGAUGCACUCUAGAGACAGAUGAGAAAGAGAAUGGUAGAGCAAGCGUUGCAAGCGAUUAAAGUAAGCUAAGCAUUUCCUCGGAAUUUAAACAUUCUUAGAGCGGGCGAUGCAGAGCGAUGGAGCAGAGCAAGCCGUGAAGUGGUGAACCCUGCGUGUGCAACACCUAGUAACUGCAGACAGCGAAACUUAAAGUUCAGUGCGGAAACACAGCAAUACCCCCCCUGUAAAGCAAAGCGAAGUAAAAAAGGAUGUACACACGCCGCGAUGUUGUAGCUAAAGAGUUGUAGUUACACAGAGAGUUUAUUGUGGCCACGUUUAUGAUUGUGUUUCAAUCGGUUCGUGCGGUUUCUUGUCUCGUUUGCCUGGUUGCUAUGGAAAUGUGUUCUCUGCCUGCGCCAGCGUGUGCCAGUCGUGACGGCGAGAGUUUCCGUUUUCACGCGCGCAUCGUCGUCGUAUCCUAUAGUAGUUGAGUAAAGCUAAGUUUUUUUUGUUUACCCCUCUCAAACAGUCCUUUUUAUUAAAAU